AUGGUGAAUCCGAAGUUCAAGAAGCAGCAUGGACAGCACAUACUGAAGAAUCUUGGAGUGGUUGACACGGUGAUUGAGAGAGCAAGGAUUAAACCCACAGAUACAGUGCUAGAGAUUGGAGGAGGGACUGGGAAUCUUACGAUGAAGCUGCUUCAGAAGGCAAAGAAGGUGAUAUGUUAUGAAAUAGAUCCCAGGCUUGCAGCUGAGCUUGUGAAGAAGGUGAAUGCCACUCCUGGGAUGGCACAGAAGUUCCAGCUGUUUGUUGGAGAUGCAUUGAAGCAUGACUUUCCACAUUUUGACUUGUGCAUUACUAAUCUUCCAUAUCAGAUUAGUAGUCCAUUUGUAUUCAAGUUGCUGAGAUAUGACUUCAAAUGUGCGUUUGUGAUGUUCCAGAGGGAGUUUGCAGAGCGAUUGGUUGCACGGCCUGGGAGUUCUUCAUACUGUAGAUUGUCUGUUGGAGUGCAGAUGCUUGCACAGGUGGAUCAUGUAAUCAAAGUGUCUAAAAAUAGCUUUGUUCCGCCACCAAAAGUGGAGUCGAGUUUUGUAAGGAUUGAGCCAAAGACACCAAAACCUCCGAUUGAGUUUGAAGAGUUUGACCGAUUUCUGAAGAUAUGCUUUCUUAGGAAGAACAAGACGCUCAAGGCAAACUUCAAGGCAUCGAAUCUCGUUUCGAUGAUAAAGAGAAAUGAAGGAAUGGAAAAUACAUCACCAGAUGAAGUAUUUGAAAGCGUAUUGAGUAAGGCAGGGUUGUGUGGAGUCAGAGCAGCAAAGAUGGACGUGGAGGAUUUCCUUGCGCUAAUGCUUGAGUUUAGGAAAGUGGGAAUAUUUUUCUGA